AUGUCGAUCGAGUCAGUUGGUCAGUCAGUCAGUCAGUCAGUCGGUCGUGCGGGCUGUCGAUGUGCUCGAUGUCCGAACUGGCACUUCACGGACAAAUAGACACAUACACACAUACACUAACCAUCUCUCGCCUCUCCUCUGCAGCCACACCACACCACACCACACCACCAGCUAUUGACACCGCCCGUCAGUCAGUCAGUCAGUCUCAUGAUUGAUGACUCUCACCUCAUCAAUCACCACACAGCUUAAAAGCCCUCCUUCCCCGCUCUAGCUAUCUACUCUCUCCUCUCAGCCAUAGUGUACACACACGCCCCAGCUGACUGACUGACUACAAGGUGACGCCCCCCUCCCCCGACCUCACCUGCAGCUCAGGCGGCGAGCUGCCGGGAGCCACAGGAUUGCCUGGCCCCCCUGGACCGGCCGGCAUGGUCUGUGGGGCGUGCCAUUGGGGUAGAAGGCUCUGCUGGAGGGCGGCGGGGCCCUGCCAACGGGGAGGGGGCUGCACGGUGACGUUCAGCAGGGGCUGGAACUCGUAUGCCUGAUGUGUGUGGGUGUGUGAGCCGGGACGCAGGUAUACAUGGGUGUGUGUCUUUGUGAGCGUUGUGGGUGUUGUGUGCAGUUGGUUGCUUACUUUGAUGUAGUCGAGGAUGGUGUAGUUGACGAUGCACAUCAACAGCACGGCGCACACAAACACCAAAGAAAACCCGGGAGAGAAACUGAUAACCAACCACAGCAGGGGUGGGUGGGCGGGGCUGGCUCGUUCGGCGGUUGGUUCGUUGGUAGGGCAGCUUACUGGAUAUUCGUUGCAAUGCCGAUAACGGGAGUGUUGUCGAGAUGUGACUGCGCGGCGUGCACCACGAUCAGCCACGUGACGACGAUAGCCACCGAGAGCACCCCCUCCAGAAUGGUCACUAGCUUGGCCCACACAAACAGGUCCAAGGGGUGGUACGGCACAUCCGCGAUCGCAUAGUAAGGCCGCGUGUCGAGCGUCGACCACAGGGCCGAGAGAGGCGGCAUGCCUCUCCUGGGCUCGACGGUGGGAGCGGGCGCCCCCCUCCACACCAUGACGACAGCUGCGGACAUCUUCUGGAUCAGCCGGAGGGCCGCCGCCCGGCAUAAGAUCUGUAUGAGGAUGAAGAGGAUGGUGAAGGUGGCCACGACGCAGAAGGACCGGACGUAUGUGCAGCUGUCGGACGAGGAGCCGAACGGCCCGAAGUUCUGUCCGCCGCCGCUGUCUGAGUCGUCCUGCUCGCCGCACAGCGACUGGCGGAGCUUGGCGAGGGAGAUGGAGCGGCUCUGGCCCUCCACCUGCUUGUUAGAGUAGGGCGUGAAGAAGAUCUGACAGACAGGCAGCACACACACGAGAGGGUGGUGUGGUGUUGCAGACUAUGUGUGUGUCGUUAUAUUAUUCACCUGUUUCGAUCUGAUGGAGAAGAGCCCGACGUCCACAUGCACCUGGUUGAACGCCGUCCGGCCGCUGCCAGACAUCCUGCACACACACACACAUGGGCCGGCGCGCCUGAUGAAUGGGAGGAAACAAAGUGAUUCGCUCACCAUCCGUGGCUUAGGAGGCAGCAUAGGAGCAGGGCGAUGGUCGUGAGGCUAAAUAUCUGCACACCGACGCACAUAAGCACGGAGCACCAGCCGUCCAUCCAUCCAUCCGGGUGCGGAGAUCUGACUGCAUUUGUCUUUCUUUCUUCAUCGUACCGUCAGCAGGUUGCCCCAUCUGUGUUGCACAGGCGGCGGAUGGACGGCGGGAAGCGGCUCACCGUGCGGUCCGUACAUUGAUGACUCACCAGAUGAUUCAACUCACUCAACAACGGUUAUGGGAUACUCAUCUACGGCUAUGACGCCACACUGGACGUAGUUCCAGAGCCUCUAACGAGUCGGUUGGUCAAGGC